AAUUCAUGGUGCAAUGAAUAUGGAAUUUGUUCAAUCUUUUGUGUUUUAAGACUUGCAAAAUUCGAAAAAAUUUAAGGGGUUCACAUGAAAUAAUACCCCACACCACAAAAUAGAAUAGAAUUGCAUCAACUCAAGAGUGAUUGGCCAUUAUGUACCCAUAGAUCUUUUUGGUGCAAUUUUGGAGUCACUUCUCAUUUGAUUCGCCUAUUGUCCUUGCCCUCUUUUUUGUAGGUCGGUCCAAAGUUGGUAACAUAUAAUUCAUUUUAAAUUCUCUCUCCCUCUCUCUCUCUCUCUCUCUCUCGCUCCCUCUCUCUCUCUCUAGAUCAUUAUAAACACUUGGCAUAGUCAAGUAGUGAUGUUAUAUCCAACAGAUAAAUGAGAUAAUAUCAAAAUGGGCAAUGAGAUUACCCUUUGAAUAUAAUCCAAAAGUCCCUUUCAUUGGCUUCUUACAAUAUCUGCAAUGUUUUCUAUAUCCCCACAACGAGGAUCCAUCAUUAUUCCAAUCUACUAAUCUUCAUCAUCUCAUUACACAGAAUAAAAUAAUAUGUAGUCUUCUCCCUAUUAAGGCCAAAAUACAAAAACACCACUAAAAUAAAGUAAUACUAUAUGCAAAUCUCUCUUUAGGCUAUAUGCAAAUCUAUCUUUUCUCUCAAAACUUCAGAAUAGCAUGACCACUCAUGUGGAAUCAUGUAUCAUUAUCAGACCCGGAUUACACAGUAUAAACCCAUCACGUGUACAUGUACUGCAUAUAUAUAUGUGUGCGUGUGUGUGUGUGAGAGAGAGAGAGAGGCACAAAACAUCAUACUUGUUCUGUAUUUUUGCAUUUGUGUGGCACUCUUCUUGUUUAGUGUCUGAACUCUUACCACAAGCAAUGGAGCCAAAGCAGCAGAAAAUGUUGGAAGUUAGAGUCACCAGAGAGUUAAGGGUCAAAGCCUCCGGCGACUUGCCGGAGUUCCAGACCCUUUUCCUCUCAAACCUCGACCUUCUUUCCGGCCGUUUUCCGGUGACCUACUUCUACUUAUAUCCCAAACAACCAGUUUUAUCCUUUGGUUCCAUCAUUGAAUCCCUUCGGAAAUCUCUUUCCGAAACCCUUACCUACUUCUACCCUUUUGCGGGUCAAAUCAUUCACAACAAAGCUUCUCAAGAACCUGUGAUCAUCUGCAACAACAACGGGGCGUUACUCGUUCAAGCCCAAGCUGAAUAUGAGCUACAGGAUAUUGAUUUCUACAAUAUUGAUCUCGUUCUUCAGGCGAAGCUGGUUCAGGUAAACCCGGAUUUUCCUUUACAGGUUCAAGUGACCGGGUUCACCUGUGGAGGUGUUUCAGUGGCGUUCACGUUUGAUCACGCGUUAGGUGAUGCGAGUUCAUUCGGGAAGUUUCUCAAGUCAUGGUCAGAAAUAUCAAGAAAACAGCCGAUUUCUUGCAUGCCAGACCACCGAAGAGGCCUAAGACCACGUUCUCCUCCGACUUACCAUCCUCUCCUAGACAAAUCAUUCAUCAAAUGCACAGUUGAAGAGAUAAAGAGCAUACCCGUGUCCAAAAAGCUCAUCAAGCGCCUCUAUCACGUUGAUGUCUCGAGCAUAAAGGCCUUGCAAGCUCGUGCCUGUGCAAAUGGAGAGAUCAGGACAAAGAUAGAAGCAUUCUCGGCGUAUGUGUGGAAGAAGAUGGUAGAUUGCAUAGAGAAGAGCCACACAACCUGUAAGAUGGGUUGGUUGAUUGAUGGCCGGGGAAGACUCAGAGCAGCCACGACAAACUACAUAGGCAAUGUCUUGUCUGUAGCUGUAGGAGAAGCAAGUAUCCAACAACUGAAGGAGGAUUCUGUGUCAGACAUAGCAGAUAUAGUUCAUAAAGCAAUAACUGAAGCAACAAACGAAACUCACUUCGCAGAUCUCAUAGAUUGGGUCGAGUGCCACCGUCCAGGGCUGAUGCUGUCUCGGGUAGUUCUUGGCCAAGGAGGUCCUGCUCUGGUCUUGUCCUCUGGACGGCGAUUUCCGGUGGCUGAACUGGAUUUUGGGUUUGGUGCUCCUCUCCUAGGCACCGUCUGUUCCACAGUAAAAAACAUAGGGGUAUGUUACCUGAACCAGCGGCCCAGCGCCUGGAGCAAUGGCUCAUGGACCAUUUCUGCCAUUGUAUGGCCUGAACUGGCUGCAGCAUUAGAGUCGGACACAGUUUUCCAGCCCAUGUCUGCUAAACAUCUUCAACUUCAUACCUGA